AUAAGCACCAACAUCCUUAUAUUUACCAACACAUUUUGUUUAGGUUUGGAAUUCACAUUAUUAAAAAUAAAUCCAUUUAAAUAUAAGGAUGUGUGUCCGAAAGUAAAUUUUAUAAUUACAAAUAUUGCAAAUUCAGUAAGUAUACUGGAAGAAUGUCCAAAUUAGGCCUGGAGUUGUCUCCCAACUAUUCACAACUUUUAAGCAAUCGUCACCGUGUAAGUAGUCUUUGCUCAGGAGCUAUUUCCAGUACUGGAGUUGAAUGUGAUGUUAGAAGUGGUACAAGUGGAAUGAUAUUUACGUGGUUUCGGUUCCAACGCGUCUAUAAAUUUCUUUUGCUUACAUUGUUCAUAUUAGUAUUAUGGCCUCUUUUCGCGCAUUACAGUUUACUAAAUCAGCCUACAAACGAUGUGCCAUCUGCAGAUAUUCAUCGCAGUCGACCCCUCUUGGAUGCAUAUGAGGACUUUAGUUCUAUGCGAGCUAGCGAUUUGAAGAUGCGUAUUGAAGAAAUGCUGCACAUAAAAAGCACUGUUUCCGUAGAAUUACGGGAACUAGAAUCGCGUCGGCAAAAACUUCAAUCAGAAAUAGGAAAAUAUAACCAAAAAAUAGAAGAUUUAAAGCAAGAUUUAUUGCGGGAACAAACCGAGCUAGAAAGAUUAAAAAUAUCUGUUGAACAAGCCCAAGUAGCUCAGCGAGAAGCAAUACAACGGAAUACUCCUGAUUUGGCUUUACCCCGUACUUUAUACCCCAAUAUAUUGCCUCGAAAAAUGUCAUCAAUAACUGCAGAAGCGGGAUUGUCCUGCGAAAUGUAUAACUGUUUCGACUAUUCUCGUUGUAGUUUAACAUCUGGAUUCCCUGUAUAUUUAUACGAUCCUGAUUUAAAUAAUGUACUGAGGAGUGGCUACGACAUUGAUGGAUUUCUGAAAACUACUAUUAAACAAACACUCGGCUACAACGCUCACAUUGUACAUGAUCCUAAAAUGGCUUGCAUAUUUUUGGUGCUUAUAGGUGAAGCUAUGCUGGAAAAUGAUUUAAUGAAGAACAACCGAUACGCAGUGGAAGAAGAAGAACACAAGACCGAUAUCAAAUCUCAUUUAAUGGGAAUGCCCAUCGAUAUUGAGAAACUUUACCAAUUGCCAUAUUGGGGUGGUGAUGGUCGAAAUCACGUAUUGUUAAACUUCGCACGGCGCGAUUUACAUUCACCGCGAACCAAUGCUUUUCUUAAUCAAAAUACUAUGCGAGCGAUAAUAGUGCAAUCAUCAUUUGAAAGACUGCAAUUCCGACACGGUUAUGAUCUCGUAGUACCACCUAUUCUUGGACCACCUGGUGGUGAUGUUUGGCAGGAAUGUGCCCCAAUGGUUCCAGCACGACGUAGUUAUCUUUUAUCUUUUCAAGGGGAAUUGCGUCCCACAGAUAAAACAGUGCAGUUACAUCCAUUAGAUGAUUUUAUUUUAGAUCAUCUUGCUGACAUGUCCAAAGGUUCCACUCAGGACAAAUUUUUAUUGCAAUUUCAUUGUAUACCAGCCACUGAGCAAUCAGAUGAACAGGCUUUUAUUGAUUGGGCACUUUGCGGUACUGACUCAUCACGAAAAUCAAUUCUUAAAGAAUCGACUUUUGUAUUAAUUCUUCCGCCAUUGGAAGAACGAAUCAGUUCAACUCUAAUGUUAGCACGGCUUUAUGAAGCUCUGAGAUCUGGUGCUAUUCCUGUAAUCCUCGGUGCUGACGAAGUCCGCUUACCUUAUGCAGAAACCAUAGAUUGGCGACGUUUAACAAUUUUGCUGCCGAAAGCUCGCAUUACCGAACUGCAUUUUUUGUUACGGGCAGUGCAAGAUGUUGAUUUAGUACAAAUGCGCCGCCAAGGUCGACAGAUUUGGGAGAGAUACUUAAGCUCAGUGCAAGCAACGGUCGAUACAAUAAUAGCUAGCCUACGUGACCGCCUUGGUAUACCACCACGUCCAGUCCUACCUAUUAUCGCACAGAGUGUAUUUAACAAUACAUUUAUUCCGCUAAAAUCUGAUCCCCCUGUAGGCUUAGAUACGGAACCAGAGGAAUCAUUGGGACCUAUAGAACCGCCGUACCCCAGUCCAGCAUUUCGUCGUAAUUACACAAUUUUACGUAUGCAAUCUGGUGAGGCAUGGAAUCUUUGGGUUGACCCUUUUUACAUGUAUCCACAAUUGCCAUUUGAUCCAGUUUUGCCUGCAGAAGCAAAAUUUCUUGGUUCCCAUAUGGGAUUCCGGCCCAUUGGAAAAGGCAGCGGUGGUGCUGGCAAAGAGUUCAGUGAAGCACUCGGAGGCAACUAUCCACGUGAACAAUUCACCAUUGUUAUGCUUACAUAUGAACGCGAACAAGUACUAAUGGACUCUCUUGGUCGCCUUUACGGUCUGCCUUAUUUGCAUAAGGUAGUUGUGGUCUGGAAUUCCCCCAAACCUCCGCUUGAUGACUUGCGUUGGCCCGACAUUGGAGUACCAGUGGCGGUGGUACGUGCCCCAAGAAAUUCCUUGAAUAAUCGUUUUUUACCUUUCGACGUUAUUGAAACAGAAGCGAUUCUCUCUGUUGAUGAUGAUGCUCAUUUACGUCAUGAUGAAAUAUUAUUUGGUUUUAGAGUUUGGCGAGAACAUCGCGAUCGCGUUGUAGGAUUUCCCGGUCGAUUUCUUGCAUGGGAUUUGAACUCAAAUCGAAAUUGGAACUAUAAUUCCAAUUACAGUUGUGAACUCAGCAUGGUGCUAACGGGAGCCGCAUUUAUACACAAAUAUUAUAUGUAUCUUUAUACUUAUCAUUUACCUCAAGCUAUACGUGAUAAAGUCGAUGAAUACAUGAACUGUGAAGAUAUAGCUAUGAAUUUCUUAGUUUCGCAUAUAACCCGUAAACCCCCAGUAAAGGUAACAUCAAGAUGGACGUUUCGAUGCCCAGGCUGUCCAGUAUCGCUCAGCGAGGACGAUACACAUUUCCAAGAACGCCACAAAUGUAUAAAUUUUUUUGCACAGGUAUUCGGCUAUACACCGUUAUUAAAUACUCAAUACCGUGCUGAUUCAAUACUGUUCAAAACACGAAUACCGCACGACAAACAAAAGUGCUUUAAAUAUAUCUAAAAUACACAAUGCAUUUCUUAACUAUAUUUGAUAUUCACAAAUUCUUUUACGAGAUCUACACCACACGCAGAUAUACUGAUGAAUGAUAAUAUAUUUUGUCAUUUUUCGCUUAUUACAAUACACAACAAAAAUUAUUUGCGAAGUACAACAUUAUUUAAUCUAUAACACAUGUCAAUUUUGUCUUAUGCUUAUAAAACGUAUUUUGAAAUUGAAUGAGAAUGUGAACCAUCAAAUACAUGUGAAAUAUAACCACACUCA